AUGCCUUUUAUCUCUGUUUUUUUUUUCCUUUCUUCUUACAGUAUCCCUUUCUUUCUUUCUUUCUUUCUUUUUUUAAAUACAUUUAUUUCGUGUUUUUUUUUUUUGUUUUGUUUUCUUUGGCUUCCUCUUUCCUUUCUUUCACUUCUUUUUUUCUGUUUCUUUUCUCUACUUGUUUCCUUAUCUUCUGCGGUAUUUCUUCUUGCUUCCUCUCGUUGUUGUAAUUUUUUACCGACCAAAAUUAUUCUUUUCUUUUCUAACUUUUCACUCACUCUUUUUCUUUCUUUCUUUCUUUCUUUCUUUCUUUCUUUCUUCCAUCCAUUCUUUGUUUCUUUCCUUCUCCCUUUUUUCUCUUUGAUUCUUUUUGUUUUCGUUCUUCCUCUUCUUCUUCCCAUUGAUCUUUCUUUCUUCUUCUUCUUCUUCAUUAUUAUUAUUAUUAUUAUUAUUAUUAUUAAGUUUUUUCUCUUCUGUUUCUUCAUUUUGCUAAUUUUAAUGUUCUUGUUCUUUUCUUCUUCUUCUUCUUCUACUCUGCUUCUAUCUUCUUUAUUCACUUUUAUUUCUGUAUUUCCUUUACUAUCUUCUCUUUCUUUUUUUUUAUCGUUCCUCUCAGUUAAUGACCCUUUCUUCUUUGUUUCUUUUCCCAUGUUCCUCCAUUUUAUUCUUCUGCCUCCCGUUUUCCUUUCCCCUUUCUAUUCUCACAUUCAUAUUUACUUUCUAUCUUUCCUUUCUUGCAUUUUCCGCCCCCGUCCGCCUAUCUUUCCAAGUGGUAUGUGCUCGAAGGUUCUGUACCGGAAGUUGCCCAUCAUAAAGAUCACCGUGACCUACAGUCUUGCACUUCUACAAGUGAGUAACACACAAAAGGGAGAGCGCCAUCUGUCUUUGUUCAACUGCCGGGGUGGGGCGCCAUGA